UUUCAUUUCUCUUCCUUUUCCUGUGGGGAGCUCCUCCAUGGAGAGCUGAACUCUGGCUUGGUGAGUGAAUCUUGACCAGUCCUACACCUGAUCUUCUCCACUGACUUUAGACUUCUGUACUUCUCCUGAAGUCAGGAUCUGUGAGCAAGAGAAACUUCGGACACCAGUACAAGUAGGAGAAGGAGAGCAGCUGCGAUGGCUUCAGGAAUCCUGAUAAACAUGAAGGAGGAGGUGACCUGCCCCAUCUGCCUGGAGCUCCUGACAGAACCUAUGAGCCUGGACUGUGGGCACACAUUCUGCCAAACCUGUAUCUCUGCAAACAAGGAGUCCAUGGUCAGUGAAGGAGAGAGCCGCUGCCCUGUGUGCCGAAUCAGGUACCAGCCUGGGAACCUGCGGCCUAAUCGGCAUGUGGCCAACAUAGUGGAGAUGCUUCGAAAGACCAAGUUGAGCCCAGAGGAGGAGCAAAAGACAGAUCUCUGUGAGCGCCAUGGAGAGAAACUCCUGCUCUUCUGUAAGGAGGAUGGGAAGUUCAUUUGCUGGCUCUGCGAGAGGUCUCAAGAGCACCGAGAUCACCACACUUUCCUCAUAGAGGAGGUUGCCCGGGAGUACAAGGAGAAACUCCAGGCAGCUCUGGACAGGCUGAGGGCUGAACAACAGAAAGUUAAGAAGUUUGGCACUGACAUCAGAGAAGAGAGAACUUCCUGGGAGAAUCAAAUAAAAAGUGAGAUCCAAAGUGCCCAGGAUUGUUUUAAAAAAAUGAGAGACGUCCUGUACAGCAAGGAGCAAGAAGAAGUACAAAAGCUGGAGAAGGAAAAGAGAGAUAUUUUCAGUGACCUGGAACAGUCUGAGAGUGAGCAGGUCCAGCAGACCCUGUUGUUGAGUGAUCUCAUCUCUGAGCUGGAGCAUCGGUUGCAGGGGUCAACAAUGAAGAUGCUGCAGGAUGUGAAUGGCAUCUUGGAAAGGAGUCAGACCUUCACUCUAAAGAGGCCAAAAAUUUUCUCCAAGGAACAAAGGAGAGUAUUCCAAGUUCCUGACCUGAAUGGGAUGCUACAAGUGUUUGAUGAGCUGGCAGAUGUGCGCCGCUAUUGGGAUCACAUUACUCUGGACCCUCCCACAGACAGGCGAAAUGUUGCCAUUUCUGCAGAUCUUAGACAAGUGAGAUAUGAAUACCACUGUAACCCACAAGUGCAACAUGACUUCUCUUUCAUUCUUGGUAACCACGAAAAUCGCUGCCAUCAGGAGGGCAAUAAUGGUGUAGUCGGUGUACCAUCUAUCACAUCAGGGAAACAUUAUUGGGAGGUAGAUGUCUCAAACAAACGUACCUGGAUCUUGGGGGUGUGUUCUCAAAAAUCCCCUAGCCUCAAUCUGUUGUAUGAGCUCAAUGGGAUGUUUGUUCGUAGAAAAGUUCACAUAUCUCCACUUUUUACACUUCGUACUUUAGUUACAACCCCAGCCCCUAAAGGUGAUGGUUAUUGGGUUAUACAAUUAGUAAAUGGAUGUGAAUAUAAUGCUCUUACAAAAUUUUCCUUCUCUGAUGUCUUCAAAGUAACCCUCAAUCCAACUGUUCCUCCCCAUCGUGUUGGCGUUUUCCUAGACUAUGAUGCUUGCACUGUCUCAUUUUAUAACAUCACAAACCAUGGAUUUCUUAUCUAUAAAUUCUCUUCAUGUUCCUUUUCUCAGGAAAUGUAUCCAUAUUUCUCUCCUAUGACAUGUGAUGUCCCCAUGACACUGUGUCCUCCAAGCUCUUAAAGCCCUUAUACUCUCACCCAGUUCUUUGUAGUGCCUCUGGCCUUGGGUGCACCUAAGGUGCUGAGCUUUUCUGCACUGUUCUCACCAACUUUUUACUGCUUCCUUCCCCCUUUUUUCAUAUCAACAUCUUUCAUUCAACAACAGAGUGUAAAAUUUGCCCUGUGUCAAGCAUAUUUUCCUCAAUGUCCUGUUUGCACUAGUAAAGAAUCUUAAUUUACUUUUUUCUGUCAUCCCAAAUAAAAUUACCAAUGCCUCAGAAAAAGACCUGUAUGGCCCACAUGUAAUUUUGUGAGAAUUAAGCAACAAAUGUUUUCAAUAAAUUCCAUCAUUUUAAGCACAUAAGCAGUAAUCAA